AUGGGAAAUUUACCACCUGGCGGAGGUGAUCAACAAGGAAACGAAAACAGAAAAGAAGAGUACAAAAAGCGUCGUCAAGAACAAAGAAUCCCAGCCCGAGUCGGUAAAAAGAAAAAAGUCCGUGGCACAGAAGGAGCCGCCAAGCUUCCCACUGUGACGCCUUCUUUGAAAUGCAGACUUAAGCAGCUGAGGCUUGAAAGAAUCAAAGACUAUCUCAUCCUGGAACAAGAGUUCAUAAAAAACCAAGAAAUCCUCCGCCCACAGGCCGAAAAAAAGGAAGAAGAGCGUGCCAAAGUUGACGAACUCAGAGGAUCACCUUUGUCAGUAGGCUCACUUGAAGAAUUCAUUGACGAAAACCACGCCAUUGUGUCCACUUCAGUCGGCCCAGAAUAUUAUGUCUCGGUCCUUUCUAUAGUCGAUAAAGACCAACUCGAGCCAGGCUCAAGUGUCCUUCUCCAUCACAAGUCUCAUAGUGUUGUCGGGAUCCUGCAGGAUGAAGUAGACCCACUUGUGAGCGUGAUGAAGGUAGAAAAGGCACCACUAGAAAGCUAUGCCGAUAUUGGAGGGCUUGAAGCUCAAAUCCAAGAAAUCAAAGAAGCUGUGGAGCUGCCUUUGACUCAUCCUGAAUUGUAUGAAGAUAUUGGAAUCAAGCCACCCAAAGGAGUCAUAUUGUAUGGAGAGCCAGGCACUGGGAAAACUUUACUCGCCAAGGCAGUUGCAAAUGAAACCUCAGCCACAUUUUUAAGGGUCACUGGGUCUGAGCUUAUUCAAAAAUACCUAGGAGAAGGGCCAAAACUUGUAAGAGAGCUUUUCAGAGUAGCAGAAGAGCAUGCGCCUUCAAUUGUGUUUAUUGAUGAAAUUGAUGCAGUCGGGACCAAAAGAUAUGAUAGCAAUUCUGGAGGGGAAAGAGAAAUCCAAAGGACUAUGCUUGAGCUACUAAACCAAUUGGACGGGUUUGACUCAAAAACAGACGUAAAAGUCAUUUUAGCGACUAACAGAAUUGAAACUCUUGACCCAGCUUUAAUUAGGCCCGGUAGAAUUGAUAGGAAAAUUGAGUUUACAAUGCCUGACAUCAAAACUAAAAGAAAAAUCUUCCAAGUUCACACAACAAAGAUGUCGCUGGCCAGUGACGUCGAUUUAGAAGCUUUUAUUAUGGCUAAAGACGAGCUUAGCGGAGCUGAUAUUAAAGCGAUUUGUACUGAAGCAGGCAUGCUUGCACUGAGAGAAAGAAGAAUGCAGGUGUGUCAGGAAGACUUCUUGAAGAGCAAGGAAAAAGUACUUUAUAAGAAGAAAGGGAACAUACCAGAAGGCCUUUACAUUUAA